GCCUGCGUUUGUUCUCGCGAGCUUUGGCGCCGCGUUGCAAGUGGGGCAGAGUUGCGACUGGAGGCGUCGAAAACAACGUGAACGUUUUAGGACUGUACGUGCAAUCAAACGGGGAUUUUGCAACAUUUCGCAAGAGGACAAGGCGAACUUUCAAGUUGUCGCACGGUCAGGAGGAAAUAAAGAAAGCCCGCUUAGAGUGUGGUUUCGUAAGUUUUGGGGAAGUUGAAGUCCGGCUGCAGACGGGACGAAAGUGAGUCGACUUGGUCAGUCCGGUGGUCGGCAGCAAUGUCGCAGAAAGAGAGACCCAAGUUUUACCUGCAGGAAGUCAACAAAGCCAUAUGGGAAGUCCCGGAGCGCUAUCAGAACUUGUCUCCGGUCGGCUCCGGCGCGUACGGAUCCGUUUGUUCUGCUUACGACGUGAAGAGCGGCCUAAAAUUGGCGGUAAAGAAGCUAUCCAGACCCUUUCAGUCCAUCAUCCAUGCCAAGCGCACCUACAGGGAGCUCCGCUUGUUGAAGCACAUGAAGCAUGAAAACGUGAUUGGCCUCCUGGACGUUUUCAGCCCUGCCACUUCUCUGAAGGAAUUCUCAGAUGUGUACCUCGUAACUCAUUUAAUGGGCGCGGCCCUCAACAACAUUGUGAAAUGUCAAAAGCUGACAGACGACCACGUGCAGUUCCUCAUAUAUCAGAUCCUCAGAGGCUUGAAGUACAUCCACUCGGCGGACAUCAUUCACAGAGAUCUGAAACCCAGCAACCUGGCCGUCAAUGAGGAUUGUGAGCUGAAGAUUUUGGACUUCGGCUUGGCGCGGCACACCAACGACGAGAUGACCGGCUACGUGGCCACGCGCUGGUACCGCGCCCCCGAGAUCAUGCUGAACUGGAUGCAUUACAACAUGACCGUGGAUAUUUGGUCGGUGGGCUGCAUCAUGGCGGAACUUCUCACAGGAAGAACGUUGUUCCCGGGAACGGACCACAUAAACCAACUUCAGCAGAUAAUGCGGUUGACGGGAACGCCGCCGGCGUCGCUAAUAAACAGGAUGCCCAGCCACGAGGCCAGAAACUACAUCAGCUCCUUGGCGCACAUGCCCAAGAGGAAUUUUGCUGACGUGUUUAUUGGUGCCAAUCCACAAGCCGUCGACCUGCUGGAGAAAAUGCUGGUUCUGGACACCGACAAGCGGAUCACGGCAGCCGAGGCGCUGGCCCACCCGUACUUUACUCAGUAUCACGACCCCGACGACGAACCCGAGGCCGAACCGUACGACCAGAGCUUUGAGAGCCGCGAGCUGGAGAUCGAGGAGUGGAAAAGGUUGACCUACGAGGAGGUGUGCAGUUUCGAGCCCCCCAUCUUCGACGAGGAUGACAUGGAGUAACGGGAAAUCCCUCCUCCUGAUCCCAUCUGAUAAAUUGUAAAUAUUUUUGCAUUCGCCGUCAAGCUCUCCAGACACGCAGCAAGCACCGACCAGUCUGCCUUUCACGAGGCUUCUUGCUCCCGGAGGAAAACGUCAAACCACUAAAUAUGCUUCUUGUCAACAUCCGUGUCAUCCGUGAAA